UAAUAUUCUUAGGUCCGCCAUUCGCGUAUACGUAAACUCCCAAGGAUCACGCGCUUUUCCAGCCAUGAAGUUUGCCCUUGUCCUGUGCCUCAUGUUGGCAGCCAGCUGCAGCGCCCUGCUGCCCAAGCACCCAGCGGACCUCGCCUCCAUGCUGUCCCAUCAGCAGUUCGCCAUGAGCCGCAUGAUCUCCACCUUCGACGCCCGCGCCGAUGAUUCCGCGCUGAUCAACGACUGUUUCAACCACUACCUGGACGACCAGAGGGAGGUCAUCGUUAACUACAACCAGCAAUAUAACGGAUGCAUUAACACCGCCCAGGCCUCCAGGGAAGCCCUGACCGCCGAGAGCGCCUCAGAGCGUCUGAUCCUCCUGGACCGCACUAACGCCAUGUGCACGAGCCUUACCACUUGCGACGCCGAAGUCGAUGGUUUGAAGUUCUUUGACUGCUACCGACUUGCCUCCUCCGACAGCUACAAGACCAUGUUCACCUUGAACAGUGACUCCAACCUGGACUUUAACCGCAUCAGCGCCAGUUACAGCGUCAUCGAGACUGACCUGACCGACUGCGUGGAUAUCGCCCGUGUGGAAUAUGCCCACGACAUGGACUCUUGCGAUGAGCACCUCACUGUUUGCUUAGCUGGAGGAGAGGUGCCUUCCACAGCAUCGACCACAGAGAGCUCUACAGAGUCGUCAACAGAGAGUUCCACUGAGUCUUCAACAGAGACGGAAGCUCCCAUCAGCACCGCUGCUCCUUCCACCCCUGCUCCUUCAACCGCUGCUCCUUCCACCCCUGCUCCUUCAACCGCUGCUCCUUCCACCCCUGCUCCUUCAACCGCUGCUCCUUCCACGCCUGCUCCUUCCACCCCUGCUCCUUCAACCGCUGCUCCUUCCACGCCUGCUCCUUCAACCGCAGAUCCUUCAACCCCCGCUCCUUCAACCGCAGAUCCUCUUCCCACUAAUGCUCCAAUCACCGAAGAGUCACCGAACGCACCAGAGGAGGAUAUUGAGAAGGCCUUGCCGAUGGCUCACAAGGGAACUUGGCGCCUCUUAAAGCGCUUCUUCUAAGAAGCUAAGGUCGUGCUCUGUUUCAACGAUUCCCAAUUUAUUUAUUUAUUUAUGCGCCCAUGAGGAAACUGAAGCCAGAAAUAGGGCCUAAAUAAAACAGUUGCUAAAAUGUAGAA